AUGGAUGACACGUCAGCGCCGUGCCGGAGCGUGCCCGUGGUGGUGAACGAAUGGGACAGCUGCCCUGCCAUCCACGUCAGCAGAUCGUACGGCGUGCAGAUCGGCAAGGGCCAAGUGUACGGGCGGAUAGACAUGUUUCGAGUGAUGGCGUCACGAAUUGACGGAAUGGUGAUCACAUCCCUGGAUGUUGACACGUCAGCAGGGGCUGUCCACGUGGCACUCUCUGGCCACGGCCCCACGCUGCUGCGCUCCGAUAUAAGCAUCACCAAUAACGAGAUUUACGGAGUGGACACGCCUAUUAUUCUCGACUCAGGGGCCAUCGGAGUGACAGUCACCAACAACCUCAUCCACUCGUUCGGAUCCGCUGCGAUUCGUGGGAUUGGCAGUGCUGCUGCUGCUGCUGCGGCGGCGGCUGCUGCUGCUGUUGAUUAUGAUGAUGGCGGUGGUAAUGUCGAUGGGGGUGUUGGUGGUGGGGGUGUUUUGGUGGGGGUGUUGGUGGUGGGGGUGUUGGUGGUGUGGGUGUUGGUGGUGGGGGUGUUGGUGGUGGGGGUGUUGGUGGUGUGGGUGUUGGUGGUGGGGGUGUUGGUGGUGGGGGUGUUGGUGGUGGGGGUGUUGGUGGUGUGGGUGUUGGUGGUGUGGGUGUUGGUGGUGUGGGUGUUGGUGAGGCGACAUCCAGUGUUUCAACUAGCAGUGGGGGCGAAGAUGUGCCUUACUUCUCCUCUCUCCAUCGCCCCAGCUUCCACUCAAGAUAUGAGAAUCGCUAUCACACCCUGGCUCAUGCACAUACUCGUGCUCUAG